AUGAGGAAUUCUCUGGUCAUUCACGACGAGCAAUUUAAGCCUCUUUGCACUUGGACGCCCGAGGAUAUUCAAUCGUUUCUCCGACGUUGCGGAGUUCAACAAUCGAGUCGAAAUGUAUUCUUAGAAAAACAAAUCGAUGGUUACUUGUUUUUGUCAUGUACAGAGAAUGAACUGAAAGAAUAUUUUCUCAUGAAUGACGCUCACAUACGACAUGAUUUGAUCGAACGUGUCAUACAAACUAUUCACGAGGAACGACAGGAUUCAUUGCAAUGGCAUUGGACAUCGAUAAAAAACAAAGGACUCUCUGAUCAUGUGUAUAUCAUCCAUCAUUCGGAAGAUUCGACAAUGGCUCAUCAUAUUUCAAACUAUUUGAAAGAGAAAAACUUUCAAGUUUUUGCACAUCAACUCCACUAUGGAAGAAGUAAACAUCAAUUUUUAGCAUUGAACGGACCGAUUCUUGCUCGUGCAAAAUAUGUGAUUUAUAUUCUAACGAAGAAAUCUUCAUGUUCAAUAUUUCCAUUUCUUGAAUUGACCAUUGCCGAAUGGUUUGAAAAAUCAAUUCUUACAGUUUAUCUCGAAAAUAUUUGGAAUAACAUGCGAUCAACACUUCGUGCUUUGCUCAAUGAUUAUCCGAUGGUUGAUUUUAUUCAUCAAUCAUUACAAGAUGGUUUGGCCACCCUGUACUCACAUUUACCAUCGCAAAUCAAUGCAUCGGUAUGCAAUCAAAAACAGAUUAACAAACCGAAUCCCAAUCCAGAAGUAUCGGCAUUGCUAAGUGAAAAAAACUCGCGUUUUGUCUAUGUGAGUUAUUCGAAAUUCCAGGAGAAAUGGAAUGUCAUGCAUAUAAUUAAACGGUUGAUCAUUGCCCUUGAAAAACAUCAUUUUUACACUGGAUUUCAAGUCACAAGUCAUCCCAAUACCGCGCGAGAACAAUAUAGUUGCUAUCUUCCAAAAAUUCUAUCGAAGCCUUUCAUUACUUCGUAUUCGAAUGGCUUCAAUCAAUCGUCAAUAACCUCAACAUCUGUGGAUGUACGUCCAAUAAUCAGUUCAAGGGAUAUUCGUCAUUGUUCGAUUAUGAUUAUUUGUUUAACACCAACAUAUUUCCAUAACGAGCUUUGUUUGAAUGAAUUACGUAUAUGCGAAAUGUAUCAAAAGCCAGUUCUGAUUUGUCUCUUGCGACAUAUGAAUUCUUGCUAUUCGAAAACAUCGCUGAAGAGCAGUAUGAAUUUCGAUGACCAAUUCAGUGCUCUAAUUCCGGCUAGGUUCUCAAUGACAACAGCGCAUUUUUUACGGAAAAGUAUGCAAAUGUCAUGUGUUGAUUUGAGUACCGACGACUUAUUCUCGAGAAAUUUACCACAUUUACUGGAGAAAUUAGAAACAUUUACUGAUGCGUAUCAAAGUGAUAUAAACAUGUCAAUCAGUUCCGAACCUUCGAAUAUUUUCAACCAGAUUAGUGAAAUUUUCUGA